AUGGCCGUGUCGGACCACAACCACGACCAAGAGAACUUCUCCAACGUCUCAUGGACAGAGCAUGCCACUGAUGCCGCUACCCCCACGCCCAACCCCCACGCUCCCACGGCCUCGUCCGCUGCAAGGCGUCGCGACGACCCCCAUGGGCUGGGCGCUGAGAAACUGGAGUGCACCGUCGGUAGCCCGCUCAAGGAAAAUGACGGCAGCAAGGAUGCAUUCAUUUCUUAUUUGAUCACUACUCAUUCGACCUUCCAGUCCUUCCAGAAAGAGACAACCACCGUCCGGCGACGGUUCACAGACUUCCUCUUUCUUUACAAGCAGCUCUCGCGGGACUAUCCCGCCAGCGCCGUGCCGCCGCUCCCCGACAAGCAGCGCAUGGAGUACGUCCGCGGCGACCGCUUCGGGCCCGACUUUACCGCCCGCCGAGCUCACUCGUUCCAGCGUUUCCUGACGCGCCUCUCCCUGCACCCCGUGCUCCGCCGGGCGCCCAUCCUGCACAGCUUCCUCGAGAGCCCCGACUGGAACGCGACCAUGAGGAGCCGCAGCGCGCGAGCCAGCCUGUCCUCGGACGCCACCGGCCCCAGCGGCGUCUUCGACAACUUUGCCGACACCUUCAUCAACGCCUUCACCAAGCUGCACAAGCCGGACCGGCGCUUCCUCGAGGUCAAGGAGAAGAGCGACAGGCUGGACGAGGACCUGGGCCACAUGGAAAAGGUGAUUGCCAGGGUGGUCCGGCGCGAGGGCGACCUCGAGACCGACCUCAGGGACCUGGCCGAGCAGUUCCAGAAGCUCGUCGCCCUGGAGCCCGGGCUGGAGCCCGCCGUCCACGCCUUUGCCGCCUCGGUCGAGGACACGGCCCAGCACCUGCACCAGCUGCGCGACCUCACCGACCAGGACUACCUGGGCUCGCUGCGCGACAUGCAGGCCUUUUCCCUCAGCCUCAAGAACCUCCUGCGCGCGCGGGAGCAGAAGCAGCUCGACCACGAGCAGCUGACCGAGUACCUCAACAAGUCCACCGGCGAGCGCGACUCCCUGCAGUCCGGCCACGCCUCCUCGGGCGCCGGGUCCUUUAUCCGCGCCAAGAUCGAGGACGUCCGCGGCGUCGACCACGAGCAGGCCCGGCGGGAGCGCCAGCGCAAGCUGGAGCUGCGCGUCGAGGAGCUCACCAACGAGGUGGAGCGCGCCCGCGCCACCUCGGACAUGUUUGACGACGAGGUGGUCCGCGAGGUGGCCGAUUUCGAGCGCAUCAAGCGCGCAGAGUUCAAGGCCCAGCUGGGCGGGCUGGCCGACGCCCACGUCGCCUUUUACGGCGAGGUCAUGGACAUUUGGGGCAAGUACAUACGGGAGAUGGAGAAGGAGGGCAUAGCCGCCGCCUAG